AUGAAGUUCUUCCUGCUGCCCCUCGCCGUCAUGGCCUCUUCCGUCAUGGCUCAGGCGACUACUGCCUGCGGCGCCGACUACAUCGUCGAGUCCUGCCUCAGCUCCGAGACGGCGAAGCUCGACGACUGCGGAGCCGAAGACUGGGGGUGUCGGUGCACCCAAUGGAAGAGCAUCGUGACCUGCUAUAACAACUGCCCCAACGAUCCCCGGAAAAACACCUCCGAUGGCCAGCGUCAGAUCUUCUGCGGCUACGCGAGCCAGUAUCCCUCCAACGAGCCCACCCAGGCGGCAACCCAGACGGGAUCCACGCCCGCGCAGAACACCCAAGACGCCGCCGGCCAGGGCGACUCGACCGAUGGCGACAGCAUCAGCGCCACCACUUCGAGCAGCGGUCCGGCCGACACCAACAGCGCGGCCAGCCUUGCUCUUAACGCUGGCGGUGUCCUCGCCGCGGUGGCGGGUGUUUUUGCCGUUGUGAUGUAA